AACACACACACACACACACACACACACAUACACACACACAUCUGCAAGGCAAUAUAUUUAUUAUCGAAUAACGCGAAGGCAGUACAGAUAAAUAUACAGGAGCGUCUGCCACCACCGCCGUUAUCACCGCAAUCAGGAUCCAUAAUACACGACCGACUGUGGAUAGUUUAUCAUUUUCGGCUUUGUUUUCUAGAUGAACACAUCAAUGAUGAUACUGUAUAUAAGAAAAAGGAUCAGAUGUUUAUCAUAUCGCCCAGGUGGCGGUUUACUCGGUUUCUUACUUUUGAUGAUAUUCGCAACUACAUUAGCACAGAAAUCAGCCACAAAUCUUCAGUGUCAAAAUGGAUGGUAUUUGAUAUCUGGACAGUGUUACUAUAUCUUCAAUUCUUCUCAAACAUGGCACCAAGCUAACUCCACAUGUAACAGCUAUUCAUCAAUUCUAGCUGAACCUUUAGGGUAUCAUAUCAAUAACAGGCUUGGAAAUAUCAUCAGUGGACUAAAUGGAAACAAUGUUAAUGCAUGGAUUGGUUACACAUAUCUAAAUGCUCAGAAAUCUGUGACAAACAUCACCAAAGCAUUUUGGAGUGAUGGAUCUGAAAGUAGUGUUGCAUUUGGUUUGUGGGGAGACAGCCAACCCAGCCUAGAAGAUGGAAAAUGUUGCAGCUUAAAAUAUUCAGACAAACACAAACAAUGGAAGUGGUAUUUAAAUCAAUGUAACAAACCAGAACCAUUUGUUUGCCAGAUGCCAGCAUGCCCAAAAGAUUCAUUUAACUGUGGCCUGAGGGGCCGACAUAAAGGAAGAUGUCUGGAUAGAAGCAAAGUAUGUGAUGGCCAUACUGAUUGUGAGAAUGGUCAGGAUGAAGCCGACUGUGCUGAAGACUGCCAAUUUUUAUUGAAUCAAUCUGAGGGUGAAAUUAAACUUACAAAUAUUAUUCAAAGACUUGCAAAGUCAUUGAAUUGUCAAUGGAUCAUCGAAGGAAAAGUUGGCAGCAAGCUUCAAAUUUGGUUUGAAUCAACAGACAUCUUGCAGGAUCAAGCAGAGAUUGAAGUUUGGGUUGGAGCAAGGUCAAUCUCUGAAAGCUAUCUUGCUGCCAUUCUAAGGGAACCAAGAAAACCCACUGAAUACAUCUUAAGUUACAAUAACUUAGUUAUUAUAAGGCUCCAGGUUCAAUCUACAGAAAAUCUGAAAUCCUUUCAAAUAAAGUGGCUUUCAGGUUUAAGAUGUUCUUGGAUUCCAUACCCUCAUCAUGUUCAUCUGGAGAAUGAACCAACCUACUGUGAACAAUGUGACUUAAAUAAAUGCAUGGAAACUUGUGAAAAGUUGGAGAAUUGUUCUAUGAUAACAGUUAACCAUGACAAGGGUUUAUGUGAACUGUACCCCAUGGUACCACUAUCAGUUGAAUCUAGUUGUUGUGAUAGCUAUGUCAAGUCUUGUCCUGAAGCUACUGAACAAAAUGGUUCAUCUGAUUUGUUGUCACAUGAUGCAGUAUUAACGGCUACCGAUGAAUAUCAGAGUAUCUAUUCCCCAUUGUAUCCAAAUAUGCCGCCUGGUAAUAUGGAAAAGACAUGGCUAUUAACAGCUACUUUUGGGGAUGUUGUUACUCUUCAGUUCCAAGAUUUGAUGUUGAGUAUUGAAGACGAACUUAUUGUGUAUAAUGGAGAAUCUGAUCUAUCACAAAUUCAUGUAAAAAUUCCAAAUGCAGCUUAUCAAUACUCAACACCCAUUAUCUCCACUACAAAUACUAUGUAUAUAAAAUACAACACUGGAAUCUUUCCCAACAAAAGUCGUGGAUUUCUUGCUAAAUUCAGAAAAGGUUGUACUUUCAAAGUUGAUUCUAAUUUUGGAUACAUUAGUUCACCUGGUUAUGGCACUGCAUUUUCUUACCCUUCUAAUGUAGUCUGUGAAUGGGAAAUUGCCCCAAAGUCAACUUCGAGAUAUUUAAAACUUGAAUUCUCACCAACAUUUGGUUUGGAAAAUGACAAAGAUUUUCUUGAGGUCUACAAUGGAACUAUUUCUGAUGAAAACAAGUUGCACCAGGGUGAGGGUUUUACAGGAACUACAGUUCCUCCUAUUCUAAGUUCAAAUUCUGGAAAAUUCAUUUUAAGAUUAAAGACAAGUGCCAACACUGCUGGUGUUGGUUUCAACGCUACAUUUUAUGGAGAUAACUAUUGUGGACCAGUUCCAAUUUUAGAGGGAGGACGUUGGACACAUGCCACAGGAUUUAAUACUGGAAACAAUGCUACAUUUGAAUGCUUUGAGAACUUUGAGGCAAAAUCUGGAAAUACCAUCUAUUGUGACAAAAAUGGUCGUUGGGAACCACAACCAGAAUGUACAGUGAAAACAUGUCCUACUUUGCAACCUGUUCUUGAUGGUACAUGGGAGAUUAUUCAGAACAUAAGUGGUUUGAUUAUAUUUCAUCUUGCUUGUAAGACACCAAAUUAUCAAACCUCAGGUAAUCCAGAUGUAUUCUGCUGGAAUGGAACUUGGUCAGGGAAUCCAACAUGUUGCCGGCAGAAAUGCAAUUUGAAGAUGUUUGCUAAUGUCAUUAAUGGGACCAACAUCACUGGUUAUAUGAAAGGGGACAGUGUGAAUAUUACAUGUGCACAAGGCUAUGAAUUAGUGGGUAAAAACCCUUUCCUUUGUGGAGUUGAUCCUAUACCUUCCUGCCAACGUGUUGCUUGUGAAACCCCACAGAUUGCAAAUGCUACUAUACUUUCAUUGCAAAAUAACUUCUACUUUAAUGAUUCAGUAAAAGUUGUAUGUUCAGAAGGCUAUGAAUUAGUAGGUAACUCAACCAUAACCUGUCAACACUAUGGCAACUGGACCUCUUUACCAACAUGCAAAGAGGCUAUGUGUCCUCCUGUGGAAACGAAUGCUUCUACAUUUGAGGGUACAGUUUACCCAGCUGGUCAGACAAAGUAUGGUGAAAUCGUAAAUAUUACCUGUAAUAGAAAUGUGCAGAAAGUAUAUCAAAGAAAAUGUUUGUAUGACUUGAAGAAUAAAAUAUUCACGACUGUGGGAGAGAGUUCAAAAUGUUACACUAUUGACUGUGGCCAACCUAAACAGAUUCCAGGAAUGGUAAUGCCUGCACAGUUGAACUGCACACAUCAGGGAUGCUCUUUUGAGUUUCAGUGCCUUCAGCCAUUAUUUAAAGUUGCUGGUGAAAGUGCAAUGAAGAAUCAAACAGUGAUUUGUAGCAAAAACAGCCGAUGGACAUUUAAUAAUUUAACUUGUGUUGGUCCAUCAUGCAGUGACCCUGGUCGUCCACCAGAUGCAAGACAAAAUUUCACUUCCUACGAAAUAGGGAAUUUAGUCCAAUAUGUUUGUUCGCGACCUGGAUACAAACCAAAACCUCUUUAUCCCUUAAAAUGUGUUGUGAUAAACAAUACAGUACAGUGGAAUGAUACAACUCCUGUAUGUGUUGAUGUUGAGAAACCAACAUUUAAAAAUUGUCCACCAAAAAUUCUUCAUGUUGAAAAGCUGUCCCGUCUCAACAGAGAAGCACCCAUGGCUCAAGAUAACUCUAAAUACCUGAAAUCAGUCAUUGUGAGGCCAAUACUCUUUCAUAUAAACCAAACAAUUUUAAUUGACACCACAGUUACAUAUGUUGCAGAAGAUCAUGCAGGCAAUGUAGCUGAAUGCACAUUCGAAAUUGUCAUUAUUGAACAUGAAGCUCCACAAAUAUCCUGUCCAGGAGAUCAGGAAUAUUUUCUGCAAACAGACAAAGUGUUGAAGAAGGAUGACUUUUUAGUAAAUGCUACAGAUAAUUCCAAUUCAGUAAAUUUGACUUUUGAACCAGAAGAAUUACACCUUAAGUAUAAGAAGUCUUCAUAUAUUUACAGUAUGAAAGUAACUGCCACAGAUCCAUCAAAUAACACAGCAAGUUGUUACAUCUUUAUUAAAGUUACAUUUAACAGCAUCAAAACAUGCACAACUGAAAACCUCACCUCCAAUGCACUAUUGAAUUGUUCAGACAUUCCUGAUGGGGUCAACUGCACAAUAUCUUGCAGGAAGAAUUAUAAAUUUUACCAUGAUGUUAGUGCAGUCAGUGAAGUUAUCAGCUGUAAUUCCACCAAUGGAUGGAACCGAGAACCACCUCUUUGUGUUGAAGAAAUACCGAGUAGCUACCAACUAUCUGUCAUGUACAGAUAUAAAACAGAGAAUAUUACAUGUAUACAAAAUGAGCUUAUGAAAGAAAUUUUUGACGUAUAUAAGAUUUUUGUCUCACGGCUUCAUGCGUUUUAUGGUAAAGAGUUUAACAUCACAGAACCAAAAUCAUCUUAUUCAUUACCAGUUUCAACAGAACUGAAAAAUAGUUCGGUUUAUGCAACUGUUCGGCUUGAAUAUACAGGAAAUGCUAAUCUUUGGAAAAGGAUAAAAAGCCACUUUGAAUCAUUUUUUGCAAUGAAAUCAGGAACUGACCAUUUUAACCCUAAAUGUGCACCGAAAAAAGAAAUUUUAAACAGCACAGAUAGUUUUAAGUGUUCUGGGAAUGCAAAGCUUGUUCAAGGAAAUAUAUGUCUUACCUGUCCUCCGGGAAAAUAUGGUUUUGAUUUCAAAGAAUGUCUACCUUGUCCACAAAAUACUUACAACUCACAGUAUGGUUCAAGUAACUGCACAGCAUGCCCUCAUGGGACAUACAACACUCAAAAGGGCUCUUCAAGUAUACAAAACUGCUUUGAUGGUUGUCCAGAAGGGAGUAUAUCAGCAACUGGUCAUAUUCCAUGCAAACUAUGUGAUAAAAAUACUUAUUAUUUUAACAAAACAUUUUGUGAACCAUGUCCACCAGCGAAAUUUACUCUGCUUAAAGGCUCCACCAAUGUGACACAAUGUACCGAGCAAUGUUAUCCUGGUUACUUUUCUGGAACUGGUUAUGAGCCCUGUCAGCCAUGUCCUGCAAAUACCUAUAAUAUGUUCCACAAAAGUACCAUGUGUUCACCUUGUUACCAUAAUCAAACAAGUCUUCCUGGUUCAAUAUCACGGUCAAAUUGCACAGAGACUGAUAUUUGUGUUCAAAAUCCUUGUGAACAUGGUAAUUGUUCAGUUGUCAGACAUUAUUAUGAGUGUCGCUGCUUUCCAGGUUAUAAAGGAGAAAAUUGUUCUAUUACUAUUGAUCCCUGUGCAUCAGAUCCCUGCUACCAUAAUGGUACAUGCCAAUCUACUAAGGAUGGCAAUUACACAUGUACCUGUGACCCAAAUUUUUCUGGUCGUAACUGUGAAAAGAAUAUUGAUCACUGUAAGGUGGAUAGUUGCAAAAAUAAUGGAACCUGCCAGAAUCUAUACAGUACCUUCAGAUGCCUGUGUCCUUCAUGGAAUCAGUAUACUGGAGAUUUUUGUAAUGAAACCACAAAUCCCUGUAGUUCAUUGCCAUGUCACAACAAUGCUACAUGUAUUCUUGAUGGCAAAAAUUUCUAUUGUGAAUGUCCUGCAGGGUAUACUGGAGAACUCUGCAAUAUUGAUAUUGAUGAAUGUCAAUCCAGUCCAUGUUUGAAUAAUGGUACCUGUACAGAUUUACUAGACAUGUUUAACUGCAGUUGUCAAUCAGGAUUCUCAGGAAGAUUCUGUGAAUUGUAUGGUGACCCAUGUAGUCUUGUUAACUGUACAAACUCAAAAUGUAUUCCAGACUUCUCCACAAACAAUGCUAUGUGUGUAUGUUAUCCAAAUUUCUACAAAGAUAAUAAUGGACUAUGUGUUCCUGUAAAUUCUUGCACUGAAAAUAACAGUACUAUUUCAUGUCAGUGCCCUCCAGGACAUGAUAAGUCCCUUUGCCAAUAUAAUUCUAAAGCCUGUGGCAAUCUCACUUGUCAAAAUGGAACUGUAUGUCAAGAAGACAAAGGUAUAUACCAAUGUGUCUCUAAUUCCAAUCAAACUAAAGCUGAAGAAAAUAGAACUUGUAAUGUUUCUCCUUGUACGCAUUCUGUCUGCUCUUUUAAUGUAACAAACAACUGCACUGAUUUUGAUCCAAGAAACCAUAAUUGUUUGGCCAAUGGCAUAGCUGGAGUUUACUGUAAGGAAAAUCCUUGCCAAGGUACCCAAGAGAAUGGUACAUGUCCAUGCUUAUCAGCAUUUGUCAAUGAAUGUGAUAGUAAAAAUUGUUCAAAUGGGGCUACAUGUCUUCAGAGUGGAAACUCCUCGCAUUGUAUAUGUCCAUCUGGUUAUUAUGGAAAGACUUGUGAACUUAAAAUUGAUACAUGUCAAACAGCAAACCAUUGUCAAGGGUCGAAUAGCAGCUGUCGGAUGGUCAAUAAUAAAGCUACUUGUAUCUGCCCUAAAGGUUUUGGAGAAGUUGGCUGUCAAAACAAAUCUUUAUGUUCCCCUGCAUCUUGUCAGAAUAAAGGCAUCUGUUUGGAGAGAUCAAAUAAUAUAACAUGCACUUGUCCACUUGGAUAUACUGGUGAAGUUUGUGAGAAUGUUACUAAUCCAUGCUCCAAGAAAUCAUGUGCUGGACAGAAAUGUCAAGUAACGAAUAAUCAAGCAAUCUGCAUGUGUCCUUCAAACAAAUGGGGGUCACAAUGUCUCAAAGAUAUCCCCUACGGAAGUGACUUGGUAGUUCUGAAACCCAAAGGGUUUUUUAUACCAAUGAAUGCACAUGAGUUUAGUCAUAUCAUAGAAGAUCAGCUGACCAUGACCUUCUGGAUAAAGUACUAUGAAGACAUGAACAAUGAGAAACAGGCAUCUGCUACAAGUAUAUGUCUCUAUGGAUCAAAUGAUUUGGUAAAUCCAGUAUUCGGCGCCAAAGAAUUGGUACAUUUACAUGGUAACACUCUGUCCCUCCAGAUGUUUGAUGACACACACACCGUUACCUUGAAAUCUUUAACUAAUGGAAUCUGGCAUCAUGUGAUACUACAAUGGAGCAAUAGUAAUGGAAUCCUCGAGGUUUAUCACAAUGGAGACUUAACUUUAGAAAAAAAUCUUGGUAAUGGAAAACAAAUUCCAUCACUGGGUUUACUAGUUGUUGGUGGGAAAUUAAACACAAAACAACAUGCAAUUGAACCCUCUUAUUUCUCUGGUCGGAUCAGUCGUUUAUGGAUUCUCAACCAAACUUUAUCGAAGGAAGAAUUACAGAAUUUUUGGAAAAACCCAAGCCAAACACCAUCGAAUAUUUUGAGCAAUCUUGUGAAAAAUAUGCUAAUGUUGCCAAAUUAUUUAUUGGAUUUCUACUCUGAAAUAAAACCAGAUAUGUGUGAGAUCAAGAAAAAUUGUCCACAAACAAAUAAAAUAUCAUUGCCAACUGUGAUUAAAUGCCCCUCUGACAAGCUGUAUAUAUCUAUGCCCUGGAGUACUCUGAAGUGGAGCAAACCAGAGUUUAAAGAUGUUGACAGAGUUGUUUUUAAUUAUGAACCAGAAGUUACCAAUUUUGAUUGGGGUGACUAUACUGUGAUCUACAUUGGAUUUGAUCAAUACAAUUCAUCAGCUGUGUGCACCUUCAGAAUUUUUAACCACCAAUUUGAAUGUAAAAAACCAAGUGAUCCAUAUCAAGGUACACAACAUUGCUGGAAAGAAAAUGAUUCACUGCUGUGUGAGCCGAAAUGUAAUGAUGCUAGUCAUAAAUUAGUAUUACCUGGACCCAGUAUUUAUGCUUGUGGUCCUUAUCACAUGUGGAGCAAGCAUAACCAGUCAGUUUCUUUCAAAUAUCCACCUUGUUCAGCUACUAGUAAAAGUUUGAAAAAUAUUACCCUGGAAUUUUCCAUUGAAUUCAAACAGCCAUAUGAUGACAGCCAGUUUUCAAGCAUCUGUAAACUGAUAAAAGAAAGCUUGAAAGAAGUUCUUGUGAACCGUUCAGAUGCCUCUUGUCCUACAGGAGAUUGUAAGUUAGCUGUAGCAAUUAAUGGCAAAGCAUGUAGUAUGGAUUCUCAAAAUAUACUUCGCAAGAAGAGAAGUACUUCAACUUCGAAUGUGGCUAAUAUUCAAGUUGGUAUUAAUGGAGUAGUUUUAAAUCCAUCUCAAAACCAGAGCACUAAUUUGACACAAGAUAUGAUUGUAGCAUUAGUUGGUAACAAGGAACUUAAAACACAGCUGAGUACAAUGAAUGCAAGUUUGGUUGUGUCUUCAGUAAAGACUCAAGUAGUUAGCUAUUGCACUGCAGGUGUUUUACAGGGUUCAAGCUGUGUUGAAGCUGGCCCUGGGACAUUUUGGUCCAGCAAGUACAAUACUGUGAAACCAUGUCCAAAGGGGACGUACCAGCCAAAUUACAGAAGUAAUAGCUGUAAUAAUUGCUCAAGUGGUAAAACUACUGAAACAAUUCAAUCUGUCCAGGAAAGUGAAUGCAAAGACACAUGCCUUGAGGGUUCCUAUUUCCAGUCAUCCACAUCUAAAUGUACACAAUGUAGUGUUGGUUUCUAUCAAGACCAGCCUGGAAUGUUCCAGUGUGAAGCUUGCAGACAAGGUAACACAACAAAAGGGAAAGGUAGCACCAGUGGGUCAGAAUGUGUAAUACUUGGGGAGAAAAAAAGUGAUAAUGCUGGACUUAGUACAACUGCAAUUGUUAUUAUAGUAGUUGUCCUAACUCUAUUGCUUUUGGUGAUAAUUUUCGUGGCUUACUUCUGGAAGCAUCUGAAAAAACGUUGCCCUUGUGGCAACAAAGUUAAAAAAAUAUCACCAAUAGUCAUUACUGGCAAUGGGAAGACGCCAAGCAGUGAAGUUAUUAUCCUUCCCGCUAAAGUAAUUAACAGCCCAGCAAAAUCUACAGAAGAUUCAUCCAAACAUAAUGUAUAUCAUCCAGUUAUAUGGCCAAAGUCAAAUGAAAGUGAAAGAACGGUUCAAAAAAUACAUUUGGCAAAUUAUCAUGACAAUAACCAAAAGAUAAUGGUUGAUUCAGAUGAAGAAGAUAUGCGAUAGCAACUACCAUUUUAUCAACUUUGGUAAUUUUAUCAACCUAUUCUGUAUGCUAUAUUCAAGAAUAUAUUUAUAUUUCAGGAAUAUAUAAAUAUAUAUAUGUAUCCUUCAACUAAUAUCAGGUAACACUCUCACACAUACAUUAAAAAAGACACACACACACAUUUGUUUGUUCUUCAUGCUUCUGUUUUCGUGUAUAUAUACAUACAUACACCUAUAUAAUUGUCCAUCUACCUACCUACCUACCUAUCUAUCUAUUCUUUUAUUCUUUUACACAUUUACUUGUUUCAGUCAUUUGACUGUGGCCAUAAUGGAGCACCACCUUUUAGUUGAAGAAAUCAACCCCUGGACUUAUUCUUUGUAAGCCUGGUGCAUAUUCUAUUGGUCUCUUCUGCUGAACCGCUAGGUUACAGGGACGUAAGCACAUCAACAUUGGUUGUCAAGCGAUGGUGGGAGGGCACUAACACAGACACAAAGACACACACAUGAAUAUAUAUAUAUAUUUGAUAGGCUUCUUUCAGUUUCCAUCUACCAAAUCCAUUCACAAAGCUUUGGCUGGCUCGAGGCGAUAGUAGAAGAGACUUGUCCAAGGUGCCAUGCUGUGGGACUGAACCCGGAUCCAUGUGGUUGGGAAACAAACUUCUUACCACACAGCCAUGCCUAACUUAUAUAUAUAUAUUUAUAUGUAUAUAAUAUAUAUAUAUACAUUUAUAUAUAUGUGUGUAUAUGUAUCUAUAUAUAUAUAUAUGUAUGUAUAUGUAUAUGCACAUAAUAUAUAUAUAUAUAUAGAUUUAUAUAUAUAUAUUAAUGAUUUGUAGAUCUUCAUCAUUACCCAUGUAACCCUAUACACACAUAUAUAUAUAUAUAUAAAUAUAUAUAUAUAUAUAUCAUAUACAUACACGGUGGUGCACCAGCAUGACCGCAGCCACUUGGCUGAAACACAUAAAUAAAUAAAUACAUAAAUAUGUAUGUGUGUGUGCGUGUAUAUAUAUAUAUAUAUAUAUAUAUAUAUAUAUAUAUAUAUAUAUAUAUAUAUAUGUAUGUAUAUAAAUUUUUCAACUGUGAUAGUUGCAUGCCUGUGUGUUAUUUUUCUCCAUUUUCUUUCUCUUGAUUUUUUUUCUCUUCUUGUCUAUCUUUUCAUUGUGUAGAAGAGUGUAAUACUCGAAAUAUAAAAGACAUUUCCUCUUUCUUACCUGUUUCCUGCCCUGUAAGUUUUGGUUGUCUCACCUCAUUUUUGAGUUAUAUUUUUUUUGCAUCAUGGGUACAUGACCUCAGUCUAAUGACUGAAACAAGGAAAAGAUAAAAAAAAUAUGUGUAUGUGUAUAUGUACCACCAUCAGCAACAGCAGCAGCAGCAGCUUCACUGCAAUGCCAACUUUUCCUUGGUCACAUGAGUUGAACAGAAUUUGUUGAACCAGAUUUUAUAUGGUUGAAGACGACCUUUCUGUUGCCAACCUCCACCUAUUUCCUAACAACAUAAUAUUUUCCUUGGGCUGGAAUGUUUGCAUGGAAGAUUGGAAAGGAAGGACAAGAUUUGUAUGAUGAUUAUGCUGGUUUACAACUAUUAUGUGGUGAUGAGGCCAAGAGACACUAACAGGCACCCAUACACAUACAUGUUCAUACAUGAACGUACAGACACAAACACACACAUACAUACAUGCAUGUACAUACAUACAUACAUAUAUAUAUAUAUUUACACACACAUGCACACACAAAUAGAUACAUAUGUACAUACAUAACAUACACACACACAAAUAAAUACAUAUAUACAUAUGUGUGUGCAGGUAUGUGUGUAUAUAUGCACACACACAUACAAAGUAUAGCUGAAGACACUUGACACCACGUAGAUACACAGCCUGUCUCUCUCUCUUUCUCACAUACACACACACAUCCAUACAUACAUAUAUAUAUACAUGUGUGUAUGUGCAUAUAUAUAUGCAAAUAGAUAUGUGCAUGUAUACAUGUAUAUGUUUGUGUGUGUAUAUAUAUAUAUAUAUAUAUAUAUAUAUAUAUAUAUACACGUAUAUUUGUACCUAUAUAAAUACAUAUGUAUACAAAUAUAUAUAUAUACAUAUAUAUAUAUAUAUAUAUAUGUAUGUAUAAAUAUAUAUACAUAUGUAUGUAUAAAUAUUACAUAUAUAUGUAUGCAUGUGUGUGUGUUAUAUUGAAUUUGUAUUAAAAACAAGAAUAAGAAAAUAUUUUGAAUGUGCUAUGGCCACUAAUCCCACACUUACCACUGACGGAGAAGAAUAAAUCACUCCGAAUAUUUCUAUGGUUUCUGCCACUUGGACCACUACUACUACUACUACUGCUGCUGCUGCUGCAGCUGCUUUAGUUGCUACAACUACUGAGCAUGAGGUAGCCAUUGCUUCUACAAUGACCACCACUAUUGCUAUAGCUACUACUUAUAGCCACUCCUUAAUUACCAAUAUCGGCAGUAAGGAUUAACUACCAUUACUUAAAUUGUCACUCCUACAGCCUUGAGAAGGAGUCCAACCAUAUCAUUUUAUUAGAAAAACAUGGAAACUUCCAAAACUGAUACCAUAAAAAUUUGUUUAAUUUAUUUCAAUAUAUUUUCUAUUCUCUUAGAACAUGACUACAUUUUCUGAAAAAACAAUUGAAACCAGUAGCACAUAUUGUUAAAAAAAUGUAUAUUCUUCUUUUUAUUCACAAUAAGUCUUCAAAAUAUUUUCUUUUUUUCGUUUUUUAAUAUAUAUAUGUGCCUAUGUGCAUGUAUAGGUCUGUGAAUCUUUGCACUAUGCACUUUGGAUGAAAAAGUGCAAUGCUUAAAAAUGAUGCAUGCUUACACUUAAAAAGAAAAUUAUCCACAAACUUUGCAGAAAAUUAAAUAUUCUACUGGAAAAACAGGUAAGGGAUAGCAACGAAAAGGACAUUUGGCUGCAAAAUAAUAUCUCAAAAAAUGUAUUUGUUUAACCCACACCAGCAUAAGAAAACAGAUUUAAAACAAAUGAAUAAAUAUUCAAGCAAAAAUGUGGCUGCUUUGAUAUAGAAUUCACAUAGCAAAAACACAGUCUUGAAUUCUAUCUGCAUAGUACCUUGGGCAAGUCUUCUACUCUAACCUUGAGCCAACUAAUGCCUUAUGAGUGAAGUUGGUAGAGAGAAACUGUAUAAAGCCUUGUUGUUAUGUGUAUGUGCGUACGUGUGUGUGCAUGUGUGCAUUUUGCAUAUGUAUUUGUGUGUGUGAGUGCUUGUGUAUGUACUUGUACAUAUAUUUGUAUAAUAAAUUUAUAUCUACACAUAAAAUAAAUAGAAUAUUUAUAUCUAUAUGUUUAUCCUGCGAAGAAACAAAGAGGUUAGAACUACAACAUAUAUAUACACACACAUACAUAAAUACACUCACACAUGCAUAUAUAUAUAUAUAUAUAUAUAUAUAUAUAUAUAUAUAUAUAUAUAUGUAUAUAUAUAUAUGUAUAUAUAUGUAUAUAUGAAGUCAUUCUAGUUUCAGCAAAAAGGAAUGUUUUUUUAUAUUUUUGAGGUCCCAAAUUACAAUGCGAGUGGAGUAGGUCUUCAUCUGACAUAUUUAAAAGAAAAAGGUGUGUCAGUCAUACCUGAUUUUGAAUAGACUUGCAUGUGUUUGCUUAGUUGGCAUUUAUAUUUUACCCUGAUAUACUGCAUCCUUACGUAAGUAGUUUGAAUGUAAAGGGUGUAAAGUGAGGUUGAUAUAGUUACAAUUACUACGAGUAAAACUGGGUCACUAUUGUUAAGCUUAGAAAGGUUAAAAGAUUGGUAGAGUUUGGGAGUUAAGGAUAUGUAAGAUUUUUAUAGUUCUCUUAUUGGAUGUCUUAUAAUAUGUAUGUUGCAGUGGGAAGUGCCUUUUACAUAUCUAUAUACAUACAUAUGUGUGUAUAUUUUUGUGUGUGUGUGUGUGUGUUUGUUUGUCUGUAUUUCUGCCUGAUUCCACUAAGUUCUAACUCAAGUCCCAUUGUUGCAGUCCAACGAGGUAGUGUUGGUCUGUGGCAUCAUGAGAUGCUUUUUGUUGUUUUUUUUCAUAAAACAGAUUGAACUGGAAUAUGUUGAUAUGCUAUGAGGAAGUGGGAAAUGAUAAAUUUCAGAUUAACACUUUUCAAAAUCCUUUCUAUGAAAGAUUUUGUUAUUGUCGUCACCUAAAAGCUAUUGACUUCAUUUAACUUUCUUAGAAUGUUGUUUGAUGAAGGACACAAUCUAAAAAAUUAGAUACCUGCUUUUCAGAGAACAAUUAUACACACUGCUUUAUGUUUUUUUAAAAACUCUGAUAAACAAAAUAUAACCAAUGUUGCUAUCCCUUCGAAUUCAUUUUGAUUUCUCCAUCCAUAUCUAUUAUGAAAGGCAACCAUGCCAGUUGUAAAUGUUAUAAAUUAUAAAUGAAUCACCAAGACAUAUAUUUGGUACCUAGCGUCAUUCAUUUACUUUGUACUUAACAUAUUAUUCAUCUUGCUUUACAAUAAGAAACAAUUUAAAGUUAUUUUUUCAAUUAAAUGAGGGAUCAACCCUGUGGGCACCAUGACUAUUUUUUAAUAUUGUUCUCUGGGUGGAUGUCCUUCUUACUGUUAAUCCUUUUAAGUGACCUUUUACAAUAUAUAGGGAUAUAAAAUACCUACUUUAUAUCAACAGCAGAAAAGGCAUCCAUCCAUAAACACAAUGAUUCAAUUUCUUUUAAAAUAAAAAUAUGUAUGAUAAUAUAUCCAAUGCAGUUAUAAAUAUAUAUCUGUCUGUCUAUCUAUCUAUCUAUCCAUACACAUGCACACACACACACACAUAUAUAUAUAUAUAUAAUUUAUAUAAGGGCAU